AUGGAGUUCCCACACUAUUGCACUUUACACCAUCUUGCUCUCCCCGCGGACGUCAACGCUCCUUUCUGCACCCAGAAUGCGUAUAACGCCGAAGUAUUACAACAGUCGGUCUUCGACAUUGCCAACAUAAAUGACGAGGACGCAAGUCUAACCCCGGCGCAAGAGAUGCUCAAAUUUAGUUUCAUGUCAGACUAUCUAGCUGUCGACACAGACAAGAUGACGGUAGGAGAAUUAGCAGACUUUCUGGAGGAGGUACUCGUCUUUGUCGAUAAGUACUUUUACCGCGGCAGCCUCACACAAGGUCAGAUACGCUUCGUAAAACUACACGCUUGGGAUCUUCCUUACUAUGAAGCAUUAGGAUAUCAUGACCGGACAUCUUUCCAGAACCUAGCCAGCCACAUUCAUAUAUUCCUUCGGUCACCUUUUACAGGUAAGCGAUGGUCAACAUCAAGCCUUGUGCACACUGUCUUACACGAAUCAGUGCACGCGUAUCUAUACCGCUUCUUCAACUUCUGUCCCGUAAACAAUCGGAACGAUUUAGUCAGCGGAGAGGAUAGAACAGGUCACGGCAUACUCUUUCGAGUUGUAUUACUUGCAAUGUUCUCGGUAUUGGCGAAUUGGCAUCCCAGUCUUAAGACUUUAGGGAAGGAUCCUCUACCUGAUUGCCCAAUAUGGUGGCCUCGGCUAUAUAAAGGCAUAUCUGAAAAAUAUUUGCGUGACGAGUGGGAGGUUACCAACCUGCAGCCGCACGAACCUACUAACAUAUUCCGAUAUUGGAAAUGGCGACCAGCGCGCAAAGCACAAUUUAAGAAGGCUUUAUUAGAGUUAUCGUAUAUCACUCGCGGCCAUUAUGUCGAGCUCAGGGUACCAUCUUUGGAACGGGCGUGGAGAUUUAUUUUCGAUUUUUUUACAUGGACAGUCCUAGGAGUGUCCAUUAUCUAUAAUUUCUAUUUGUUUCGAUUGGACGUCUAUAUUCCCGCUAUAUAUAAGCAUGCAAUAUAG